AUGCAUCGGCCAGGUCGUCCUAGUGUCAGCGAAGCAGAAAUACAUGCUGUUGCCGCACUAAUGGACAAUGAUCGAUGCCAAGCCAUUUGUGAGCUGGCCCGACAGACAGGAUUUGUGCAUACGACUGUGCUGCACAUUCUGAAGGAACGCCUGGACAUGAGAAAUAUUGCUUCACGAUGGAUUCCACAUCAUUUGACGGAAAUGCAGAAAUCGCUACGAUACGAUGCUGCUCGAAUCCACCUGGAGCGCAAUGAACGCGAAGGAGAGGCUUUUUUACAUCGUAUCAUUACGCUGGAUGAGAUUUGGCCAGAUCGUACCAGCCAAAACUGA